AUGAAUGAUUCCGUUUCAAAACGUCUGAUUCUAGGGUUUUGGAACCGGAUCACUGGGUUUCAGGCUCUCUCUCAGCUGUGCCAAGUUAUCACUUCCACUUCCCAGGUUGUCAACGAAGACAGGGCCAGAGAACUAAGAAGGGACACUAUAAACGACAAGAAUAAGGAGGGUAUGAACGGCCCAUCCGACGACGAAGGCGAGGAGGGUGAGUUCUUCCUCGACGAUGAAGACAUCAUUCAGGAAAUCCCUGUUGAUGAAGAAGAUCUUCCUGAUGCGGAAGAUGAAGCUGGGUCAGACGCCGAUGACUUUGAGGAGCCUGAUGAUUCUGUGCACUUAUUCACCGGUCAUACAGGUGAACUGUACACGGUUGCAUGUAGUCCAACAGAUGCAAAGCUUGCGGUGACAGGAGGUGGAGAUGAUAGGGGCUUCAUGUGGAAGAUUGGCGAAGGAGACAUGGCUUUAGAACUGCCAGGGGUCUGGCUUUUAAUAUUGCUCCCCAGUGUUCAUUAGAAGCAUCGGGUUUCUAAGAUGAGGAAAUCACUUGGAGCUGGAAAAUAUAUUGGAGGAAGAUUUGUUAGCUCCCUCUUUAUUUGUUGGACGAUCUGUGUGUCAGAAUCAUUCCAUAUCCAUUCACUAUCUUUAUAUAAUUUUUUCAGUAAUGGUCAUUCUUUUUUAAAGAGGUCCUUAAUAAAAUUUUGACCAUAAUUGAGAAUUCCGAGAAACUUUU